AUGGUCAACACAUCGCUGAAACGGAGACGGACCGAGGAGCAGUUGCGCGGAAAGGUGCCAAAGAAGGAGAAGAGAAAGGUCAAGAAGCAGAAGAACUACCACAGUUCGAGUGACGAAGAAGAGGGCGCCGCGCGCGAUGCGCCUCGGCGCGGGAGCAGUCUAGAGCCUGAAGAGCCUUUUCAGCCUUCGGGAGUCAAUGCGACGUUGCCCGGAAAGCAAGAGCUGUCAAAGCAACAGCUGAGGAAACAAGCAAGGUUUGAGGCCAAGAAAGCAGCACAACAAGCGGCGGCAGCAGACGAGUCUUCAGCCAGCGACGACGAAGAAGAAGAGGGGCAGGUUCAGGCAGCGCCACUGAAGAAGCCUGAGCCCAAGUUCAAGGCUAGCAUACCAGCAAAGACGCCAGCAAAGUCUGCCCUGAAAAAGACUGCGCCCGUCGACCAUGAAGCGCCAUUACCCAGCGACGCCGAGGAUGAUCAAGACGACUCUGAACCCGAAGCGGAUGAGUUCUCAAUCGCCGACUCUGAAUCGGAUGCUUCCGACGCCUCAUCUGUAUCCGAGACCUCCACCACCGCUGCGCGCAAAGUACGAAAGCGAAACGACCCCGAGGCCUUCGCCAACUCGAUUUCCAAAAUCUUGGGUUCAAAACUGACAAGCUCAAAACGUUCCGAGCCUAUCCUGUCCCGCAGCAAAGAUGCCGCAACCGCCAACCGUGAGCUCGCCGACUCCAAACUCUCGGAGAAAGCGCGCCGACAAAUUGUUGCUGAGCGCAAGGCGGCACAGGAGAAAGGCCGGGUCAAGGAUGUCUUGGGCCUCAACGACCCAAAUGUCAGCACGGCUGCCACAUCGGCAAAGGAGAAGGAGCUCAGGCGGACAGCACAGAAGGGCGUCAUCAAGCUGUUCAACGCUGUGAGGGCGGCACAAGUCAAGGGUGAACAGGCGGAGAGGGAGAGCAAAGCGGGCAUGGUAGUUGGCAUGGACAAGAGGGAGGAGAAGGUCAAGGAAAUGAGCAAGCAGGGUUUCCUAGAUAUGAUUACUGGAGGGCAGAAAAAGGAGGGCAGUGUGGAGGCUUGA